UGGGCGACGAGCACGGCCGGGGGGCGGGGCGGUCGCGUCGCCUUAAGCUGUGUCCCCGCGCUGGCUCCCGGGCGGAGGUACGCGCUGCGGACGUCGUCAGGAGUUAUUGGACCCUCUCAAGACUGUUCCUGGAUCUUGGGUUACAAAUCUGUAUUCUGGUCUGAACUGUGGGAAGAAAGAAUAGUGCUCUUUGCUUUGCUCUUCCUGGAGGAACCACACAAUGUUUUCCAAACUAGCACGUUUGCAGGCUGCGGCCAUUCUUUGUCGAGGAGUUCACUCUUCAGUGACUUCUGCUGCAUCUGUGGCAACUAAAAAGACAGUCCAAGGCCCUCCAUCCUCCGACUACAUUUUUGAAAGGGAAUCUAAGUAUGGUGCACACAAUUACCACCCUUUACCUGUAGCCCUGGAGAGAGGAAAAGGUAUCUAUGUUUGGGAUGUGGAAGGCAGGCAGUACUUUGACUUCCUGAGUGCUUAUGGUGCUGUCAGCCAAGGGCAUUGCCAUCCCAAGAUUGUGGCUGCCAUGAAGAGUCAGAUGGACAAGCUGACCUUAACGUCUCGGGCUUUCUACAAUAAUGUGCUCGGUGAAUAUGAGGAGUACAUUACAAAGCUUUUCAACUACCACAAAGUUCUUCCUAUGAAUACAGGAGUGGAGGCUGGAGAGACUGCCUGUAAGCUCGCUCGUCGUUGGGGCUACACUGUGAAAGGCAUUCAGAAAUACAAAGCCAAGAUUAUUUUUGCAGCUGGAAACUUCUGGGGCCGAACACUGUCUGCAGUCUCCAGUUCCACAGACCCAACCAGUUAUGAAGGCUUUGGACCUUUCAUGCCGGGCUUUGAAAUCAUCCCAUAUAAUGAUCUGCCUGCACUUGAGCGUGCACUUCAGGAUCCCAAUGUUGCUGCCUUCAUGGUUGAACCAAUUCAGGGUGAAGCUGGUGUUGUUGUUCCAGAUCCAGGAUACCUAACAGGAGUGCGGGAACUCUGCACCAGGCACCAGGUCCUGUUUAUUGCUGAUGAAAUACAGACGGGGUUGUCCAGAACUGGUCGAUGGCUGGCUGUUGAUCAUGAGAAUGUCAGACCUGACAUGGUUCUUCUUGGGAAGGCCCUUUCUGGUGGCCUGUAUCCUGUGUCUGCAGUGCUGUGUGAUGAUGAGAUAAUGCUGACUAUUAAACCAGGGGAACAUGGGUCAACGUACGGUGGAAAUCCACUAGGCUGCCGAGUGGCCAUUGCAGCCCUUGAGGUGUUGGAAGAAGAGAAGCUUGCUGAAAAUGCAGACAAGAUGGGUGCUAUCCUGAGGAAGGAGCUCAUGAAGCUGCCCUCCGAUGUGGUGACUGCUGUGAGAGGAAAAGGACUGCUGAAUGCCAUUGUCAUUAGAGAAACCAAAGAUUGUGAUGCUUGGAAGGUGUGUCUGCGACUCCGAGAUAAUGGGCUUCUAGCCAAGCCAACCCACGGUGAUAUCAUCAGGUUUGCCCCUCCACUCGUGAUCAAGGAGGAUGAAAUCCGGGAGUCCGUGGAAAUCAUUAACAAGACCAUCCUGUCCUUCUGAGAAUGGGAACUGCCCAGUGGCCCCAGGAGCUGCCUGGAGACUGGGGUCUGGUGAAGCUCUUCUUUCAACAGGGCAGAUUCCACCCCCAUGUCUUGAAAGAUAUUUUUUUUAAUAUGUAUAUUUUUCAGUUGAUGCAUAAUAAGUGACAUUUAUGGACCUGCAGCUGGCUGUGUAACAUUAGUAUGAGAGUGAGUGGCAUCUGUGUUCGGUUAUGUUUUUGACUGUGAGUACUUUCAGAGGUGAAGUGUAUCUGUCUGUAUACAGAGAGCCUUCAAAUCCAGGCCUUCAGUAUAAUUUGCAUAAGUUUUUAUAAUUUCCUUGCUGGUAUAAAUGUUUUAUAUUUAGAUUUGCUUAAACUUAUACAGUUGAAUCAUAAUCAUUGAACGUUAGAUAAUUAAAGGUUAAGCCUAUGUAAAAUACUAGAUUUUAGUAAACUUUGUAUUGGCCAAUACCAGAGUAUAUUCUAUAGAUUCUAAGAAUUCAUUCCUAAAUUACAUUUUAAGUGCUUGAUUGCAAUUUGUAAAACAUGUUUAUUUUCAGUAUUUCUUUGAAUAAAGCUUAGUUUUCCUUUUUACCCAAA